GUCCCUGUUACUCAGCGGAGCACCGAGGCCGGACGACGCGGCCCGCAGCGCGGAGCCGCGAGCAGCCCUGGGUAACGGCCGCGGCAACCUCCCGGACGGCGCCGGUCCCAGCCGGUGGCCUUUCCUGUCCCGGUUCGCUGCGCUGCGGCUCCUUGGUGAUUUUUUUGGAUGAAGCCAUUAAAUUAAGUACUUGCCAUCAUGAGUAGAAGCAAGCGUGACAGCAAUUUUUAUAGCGUGGAGAUUGGAGACUCUACAUUCACAGUCCUGAAAAGAUACCAAAAUUUAAAACCUAUAGGCUCAGGAGCUCAAGGAAUAGUAUGUGCAGCCUAUGAUGCCAUUCUUGAAAGAAAUGUUGCAAUCAAGAAGCUAAGUCGGCCAUUUCAGAAUCAAACUCAUGCUAAGCGGGCCUACAGAGAGCUAGUUCUUAUGAAAUGUGUUAAUCACAAAAAUAUUAUUGGCCUUUUGAAUGUUUUCACGCCACAGAAAUCCCUAGAAGAAUUUCAGGAUGUUUACAUUGUCAUGGAGCUCAUGGAUGCAAAUCUUUGCCAAGUGAUUCAAAUGGAAUUAGAUCAUGAAAGAAUGUCUUACCUUCUCUAUCAGAUGCUGUGUGGAAUCAAGCACCUUCACUCUGCUGGAAUUAUUCAUCGGGACUUAAAGCCCAGUAAUAUAGUAGUAAAAUCAGACUGCACUUUGAAGAUUCUUGACUUUGGACUGGCCAGGACUGCAGGAACUAGUUUUAUGAUGACACCUUAUGUAGUGACUCGCUACUACAGAGCACCUGAGGUCAUCCUAGGGAUGGGCUACAAAGAAAACGUUGACAUUUGGUCAGUUGGGUGCAUCAUGGGAGAAAUGAUCAAAGGUGGUGUUUUGUUCCCAGGUACAGAUCAUAUUGAUCAGUGGAAUAAAGUUAUUGAACAGCUUGGAACACCAUGUCCUGAAUUCAUGAAGAAACUACAACCAACAGUAAGGACUUAUGUUGAAAACAGACCUAAAUAUGCUGGAUAUAGCUUUGAAAAGCUCUUCCCCGAUGUACUUUUCCCAGCUGAUUCAGAGCACAACAAACUUAAAGCCAGUCAGGCAAGGGAUUUGUUAUCCAAAAUGCUGGUAAUUGAUGCAUCUAAAAGAAUCUCAGUAGAUGAAGCUCUUCAGCACCCAUAUAUCAAUGUCUGGUAUGAUCCUUCUGAAGCAGAAGCUCCACCACCAAAAAUACCUGAUAAACAGUUAGAUGAAAGGGAACACACAAUAGAAGAAUGGAAAGAAUUAAUAUACAAAGAAGUUAUGGACUUGGAGGAGCGAACCAAGAAUGGAGUUAUACGAGGGCAGCCCUCUCCUUUAGGUGCAGCAGUGAUUAGUGGCUCUCAGCAUCCAUCGUCAUCGUCGUCUGUCAAUGAUGUGUCUUCAAUGUCAACAGAUCCGACUUUGGCCUCGGAUACAGACAGCAGUCUAGAAGCAUCAACUGGACCUCUGGGCUGCUGUAGAUGACUACUUGGGCCUUGGGGGGUGGGGGUGGUAGGAGGGAUGGGGAAUCGUUUAGUCAUCGAUAGAACUACUUUAAAAACAAUUCAGUGGUCUUAUUUUUGAGUGAUUUUUCAAAAAUGUAGAACUCAUUUUGUAGUAAAGUAGUUUAUUUUUUUUUAAUUUCAAGUGAUGUAAUUUAAAAUUUAAGUUGUGUUUUAAAACAGCAACAAAACUGUAUUGUAUUUUUGCUGUAAUUAACUGUAUAAUGUAAACUUAAUUAUUUUAUCAUGGUUUUAAAAUUUUUGCAUAUUUGCUUUAUCUUAUGCUGCUGAUUUUUUUUACUGAUUUUGUAAGAUUUUGUUUAUCAAAGCAACUAUUAUGUGGUGACUUGCCUAUAUCAUGAAUUAUUUAAGAUUUUUAUAGUUUUUUAUUAGAAUUUAUUUCAAAUGUUUUGUUCAUGACGCUAUCCUUCAGGGUUAUGUGCUUAUCAAUGAAAUUACCCCAGAGGAGUGAGGGAAGAUAACCUGUAGCCAGUCCUAUUCAGGAAUAACUACUGUAAAUGAUGAACGUUUUAAAGAAAACCUCCAAUGUUUGCUACUUGCCAACCUUAACAUAGUUAAUACAAUUGGUAGGUAAUCCUAUAUAAAUUUUGGUUAAAAGUCCCAUUGUUUAAGUGGCAGAAUGACUCAGAACAUGUCUUUGAAGAUGCUAUGUGUCUGCCAUCACCUUCCUUCCCCACCACCCCCAACAUAAGUAAAAAGAAUAUGGUGUUUGCUGCAAAUUUGUGGCAUGCUUGAAACUUACGAUCAUAUAAAGUCAAGAGGAUACUUCAUGAAUAAUACAUUUCAAUACAAAUAAACAAAUGGUUCAUUUCUACUAGCUAUGAGCCUUUUUUUUUUUUUUUUUAUACACCGAGUUAAUCUGCUCAGGCUGUAUGUCCCAGCAGUGAUCUAGAGUCUGGUCUUUGCCUUUCCUGCACCCUUGGAUCUUUCCAGUUUCUUAUUAAAAUAUCCGUCAAUUGAGCACCAGUUUGCAUGGUGUUUCUGGCCAUUUGAUUCUAACUGUGUAGCAUAAUUAUAUUUAUACUAACUGUUGGGAGGUUCCAAUGCCUACUUAGAUUUCUGUAGGUGUAAUGUAUCAAAUGAGCAAUAUACCGUUCAUCUGAAAAUAGUAGCACACAGCCAUAUAUAGGAUAUCAUUUUCUAAGGACUGUUUCUUCACAUUGAGCAGAGCAGGCUUAAGUGGUGAUUAUUUUGUCUUAGUCUUUAAUUUUUUAUACCUGAUUUUCAAUAAAACAUGCAAUUUGGAUGUUGAGUAGUGUAAGAAUGGUGCUGCUCCUGACAAGUGUAUGUUAACUGUUUACAUUUUAUAUCUGCAGAAUUAUUUCUCUAUAACUGAAUUUUUCUUAAGUAAAAUGUCAUUGACGUCUCAUUAUCUCAGAAAUACAUUGUCUGUAAUGCCCCAGGCCCCUUUGGUUUGUUGGUUGGUUUGUUUUUGCUUGUUUAUUUUGUUUGGAACAGGAAGGACUUCAUGUAAUGAACUGGGAAAUGCAAAAAUAAGUGACAAGGUUGUAGGCAGAAAACCUAUUGGUAUUGACCACCAGGAGCAAGAACUGGGACAGCUCAACAUGCAUUGCGUGAACGUUCUAUUGGCAUGUUAUUUGUAUAUAUAGUGCAAAAUUCUUUUGAGUAAGGUAUUUUAUUUAGGUCAUUGUUAAUGUGCAAUACUUAGGAUUAAACUACAUUAGUCUCUUCAUGUUUUGAAAUACCAACUUUGUUUUUGAUUGUUUAAAAUCAUGACUUCCAUUCUUUUUUAAAAUUUUUUUCCUUUUCCUCAUAACAUGGUGCAUUAAUUUUAUUUGCCAAAGUGGAGUUUUAAGAGUAUGAUACCCCUUGAUUUGUAGAAAUAGGAUCGGAUAUAUAGAAUUUCAGCAAAAUGUUGAACAUCAGUGUGUCCUCUGUUUGUCAUUUGACAGUUAAUUAGCUUUAUUUUCUCUAGAAUAGAUUAUUUCACUAUUGCACUUUAACAACUGACAUGCUGAUAAAAGAUCCCAAUGUUUUAUGUUUGAUUGCUGAUAAAGCCAUCUCUAUUGAUACAGAUUUUGACUAAUCAAGGAAAACCAUGUGAUUUUACAGUGUCAUUUGUUGUAAAAUGCCAGCUCCCACUUGCCAACCAGCAUGUUUAAGUUGAUUCAGAGCAAAAAAAAAUUGUUAUUCUUAAAGACAAAUUCUUAAGUUAUAUCCUGGAAACAAAAUCUGCUUAUUAAAUAUUGCAUCUAGGCUUUUAAAAUAUAAUAUCUAAAUACAGCUUUCCCUCUUUUAAAUCUGUUAGGCUAAGGAUGUUCUAGUUCUAUUUAUUUGAGAAGCUUGAAUCUUUAAAACAUCUUAAAUAUUUGUGGGAUAUUUUUUUAAAAACUUAUAGAUAAAACUUCUGUCAAGCAGUAUUUAUGUUAAGGUACCUUGCUUAUCAUUUUAGGUUUUCAACUUUAUAUACUUAAUAUUCCCAUCUUACUACCAGAAAAUUAUUUUGGCCAAGAUUCAUUUUUAUAGAUUAGGGAAGGAAUGCUGUUUUUUUCUACGUAUCUUCCUAGUUACUGUUGUUACCCUCUAAUAUGUAUUGACCAUUGGUAAAACAAUUGUGCUGUUGGGAUUGCUUAGUUGCAGUAUAUAUGGAUCAAACUUUUCAACUCUUUCAUACUGUUUGCCCAACAGGUCUCAUUUUGUCUCACCCCUUGGCUGCUGUGUCCCUGGUAUGCGCUCUUCCAAGUUGGUGAGAGCACAGUGUGUUCAAACCAGACUUCUAAGAGAGACACCAACCUCUUAAACAAGAAGGCUGCCACAUAACACCUCCCCCCCACCCCACCUUAGCAGUUUUAGAGAAGUUUGAUUAAAUAUAAAACAACAAGGUUUCUGGAAGCCUUUUCAUUAUUCUCUUCCAUGCUAAUCCUGCUUUGUUGUCUUAAAAGAUGAAGGUGAGGAAGAAAGACAUCAGUGUCUGAUAGUAAAAUCUGCAGCAGGCAAGUGAAACUUUUUUGGGGUUAUAGUUAAGACUUGGUUUACGUUAUUGGCCAGUAUCUGUUACACAUACGAAGACUUAUAAAUACUCAGUGUUGCCUAGGCACAAGCCUGCACAACAUUUUGAGGUAAAAACAUAGUCUGUUUUCAAAAUACUGUUGUAGUUUGUGAGUGUCGUUCAUUAGUCAUACAUUAGCUGUAGAGUGACUGCAUGAAGCCCCAUGACCCCCAGUAAACUCUUUAACAGUAGAAAAACCAAACACCGCUAUUUUGUCAUUAGCAGGCCUCUUAAAUGUUGCCUCUCCAUAUUACAUUUUAGUAUACAUUGUGUUUCUAUUGAUCUCUCUUAGGUUUUUCCUGAUUCAGAGGAAACCAAUUUUUCCUUAAUAGCAAGAAAGAUGAAGAGGUAAAGGGCAUUGAAGCAGAAAUGUAUAGUUUGGGGUAUGAUUAGAAAACUAAUAAGGAAAACAAAGUCCUAAUUAAUUUUAAACUAACUGCUCUUGUUAAGUGCUCUUAAGGAGAGUCUAGUAAGAGUAAUACUUCCUGGCCACUUCUGGUUUAGAUUCUCUUCAUUACUGAAACUUGAGAAAUAAUACCUGUGGGUUAGUUUUGCACAAUAUUCUAUUCUCACAACUUACAAAUUAAACUAGGUUUUUAUUGAACUACCUCACACUAAUUUUCUAUGCUUUCCCAAGUAAGCUGUUGCCCUUACUGUUAGAUCUUUACUGAGUGUGAAUUAUAAAUGUGUGUUAAAUACUUUAUAGCCGAUGUCAACACAAUACCAGUAUGUAAAAUAUAUACCUUGCAUCAGUAAGAGAGACUCACGUGUAAAUUCUUUCACUGUAUAUCUUGGAAAGUUGUGUUAGAUGUGUUCAUUGGACUUUAUUACUGUUUUUGUAAGUAGAAACCUGCUCGUGAUACCAGUCCAUUCUUUACAUUUUACAAAAGGAAUAAAUCUUAGUAAAUUUUACGAAGAAAUAAAUUACUUUUGUAGGCCCGAUAUUUGGUAUAUUUUUGAGAAGCUCUUAAUCUUUUAGCUGAAUGAUGAAGUAAAACUAAACUAGCUGUCUACCUGGACCGUGACAUCUAUUUUCUCAUUACAGAUUAUCCUGUUUAAUAGGUUUUAAAACCUGAAAAAAGUGAUAAUGAACAUUUGCUUUUUUCCCUAUAUGAUGCCAUUCCUUCAUUCCUCUACCUUCCCUGUGUUCCAUUCCCUUUCCUCUCCCGUAGAUAAAGCAAAAUGGGGCACUUUGUAGGGAAUGCUGAGAUAAUUAUUGUGGUUUUUAAUCAUUUAUGCCCUAGUCAUUAAACAUGCACCACUGGAAUGUAAACAAUGUUAUCUAGUAUGUCAAUUGGUUAUAAUAUUUUAAAUAAAAAAGAAA